UGGAGAAGGCGGCGGUGGCGGCCGGCAUGGGCGAUGGGGGCGCGGAGCGCGACCGCGGCCCGGCACGCCGGGAGUCGCGCGGCGGGCGCGGCGGGGACCGCGGCGGGGACCGCGGCGGAGCGGAGGACUCGGGCGCCGAUGCCGGCCGCCGCAGCCCAAGGGAGAUUGCGGGGACCUCCGCCUCUAGCCCCGCGGGCUCCAGAGAGAGCGGCGCCGACAGCGACGGCCAGCCCGGGCUCGGAGAGGCAGACCACUGCCGCCGCAUCCUGGUGCGAGAUGCCAAAGGGACCAUCCGGGAGAUUGUCCUGCCUAAGGGUUUGGACCUGGACCGGCCCAAGCGGACCCGCACAUCCUUCACGGCUGAGCAGCUGUACCGCCUGGAAAUGGAGUUCCAGCGCUGCCAGUAUGUGGUGGGCCGAGAGCGCACCGAGCUGGCCCGCCAGCUGAACCUCUCCGAGACCCAGGUGAAGGUCUGGUUCCAGAACCGCCGCACCAAGCAGAAGAAAGACCAGAGCAGAGACCUGGAGAAGCGGGCGUCCUCCUCGGCCUCCGAGGCCUUUGCCACAUCCAACAUCCUGCGGCUGCUGGAGCAGGGCCGGCUGCUGUCUGUGCCUAGGGCCCCCGGCCUCCUGGCGCUGACCCCUGGCCCACUGGGCCUGCCUGCCGGCCACAGGGGCACCUCACUGGGUGACCCCAGGAACUCCUCCCCGUGCCUCAACCCACUGACCUCAGCGUCGGCGUCCCCGCCCCUGCCACCCCCUCCACCGGCCCUCUGCUUUUCCACUGCCCCACUCCUGGACCUGUCUGCCUGCUAUGAACUGGGCUCCUCGGCCUUCGCGCCCUACAGCAGGCUAGAACGGAGAGUGGGCAGCCCCAGCGGCAGCGGCGGUGACAAGAAAGCCAACAUUUAAGCCUCCACCUCCCUGCGACACCGAGUCCCCAAGCACGGCACCACCCCUGCCUCCCCUGCCCCAUGGACUGCCCUGAGCAGGCUUCCAGAGAGGCGGGCAGCCUCACAUCGGGCCCCACCUGCCUUUCAACUCAGAGACUGUUGCCCAGAAGGCCUUGGUCCCGCAGCUUGUGUGUGCGAGUGCAGUGUGCGUGUGUGUGCCUCUCACUGAAAUAAAAGGAAAACAAUGACAA